UGUUGGUGCUACCAGAACAGGUUUAUAUCAAUAUGUGGCUCGCUGUGUUGGCUCUGCUGUCGCUACCACUGUGCGCUUUGGUGUACUUUGAACGGAAGGCAUCGCAUCGCCGCCAACUGCUCAAGGAAUUCAAUGGACCCACUCCGGUGCCCAUUUUGGGCAACGCCAAUCGGAUUGGCAAAAAUCCGGCAGAAAUACUGUCUACAUUCUUUGAUUGGUGGUACGACUACGGAAAAGAUAACUUUCUCUUCUGGAUCGGAUACAGUGCCCACAUCGUGAUGACCAAUCCCAAACAAUUGGAGUACAUCUUAAACAGUCAGCAACUGAUACAAAAGUCCACCAUCUACGAUCUACUGCAUCCGUGGCUGGGUCAUGGUCUCCUAACGAGCUAUGGCAGCAAGUGGCAUAAGCACCGCAAGAUGAUCACCCCAUCCUUCCACUUCAACAUCCUGCAGGACUUCCACGAGGUGAUGAACGAGAACUCCAUCAAGUUUAUGAGCCAGUUGAAGAAGGCGAGUGCCGGAGACACUAUCAUUGACUUCCAGGAGCAUGCCAACUACCUCACUUUGGAUGUGAUUUGCGACACGGCGAUGGGAGUGCCCAUCAAUGCCAUGGAGCAGCGGGACUCCUCCAUUGUUCAGGCAUUCAGAGACAUGUGCUACAAUAUAAAUAUGAGAGCGUUUCAUCCAUUUAAACGCUCUAACCGCGUGUUCAGUUUAACACCUGAGUUUGCAGCCUAUCAAAAAACUCUGAAGACACUUCAGGACUUUACGUUUGACAUCAUCGAAAAACGAGUCGAUGCUCUGCAGAAUGGAAGUUCUCAGAAGGAGCACGAUCCAUCCUUGCCACGAAAGAAGAUGGCCUUUCUGGACACCCUGCUAUCCUCCACCAUUGAUGGUCGUCCUCUUACACGGCAGGAGAUCUACGAGGAGGUGUCCACCUUUAUGUUUGAAGGACAUGACACCACCACUUCGGGAGUUUCGUUCUCCGUCUAUCUCCUCUCGCGACAUCCUGAUGUUCAGAGAAAAUUGUUUGAGGAGCAAUGUGAAGUCAUGGGUAGUGAUAUGAACAGAAAUGUCAGUUUCCAGGAGAUCGCCCAAAUGAAGUAUCUAGAUUUGUUCAUCAAGGAGGCGCAGCGCGUCUAUCCCAGCGUUCCAUUCAUAGGGCGAUAUUGCGACAAGGAUUAUGAUAUCAAUGGCAGCCUGGUGCCCAAGGGCACCACUCUCAAUCUGGCUCUCAUUCUGCUGGGCUACAACGACCGCAUCUUCAAGGAUCCCCAUCAUUUUCGACCGGAGCGAUUUGAGGAGGAAAAACCCGCUCCCUUUGAGUAUUUACCAUUCAGUGCUGGACCACGAAACUGCAUUGGCCAAAAGUUUGCGCUCCUAGAACUGAAGACGGUUAUAUCGAAGGUGGUGAGGUCCUUUAAGGUGCUGCCAGCAGUCGAUGAACUGGUCUCCAAGGAUGGUCGCCUAAACACCUACCUCGGUCUCUCCCCAGGCGAAAAGUUGAAGUGCGAGGCAGGACGGCACAGAUACGAUCCUAUUCUAUCCGCGGUGCUAACCCUUAAAUCAGACAAUGGCCUGCACCUUCGUCUCAGGGAAAGGAGGUCCUAGCAAAUAAGUGAUAUCAAUAAGACAUGUACAUACUGUUAGAUACCUGUACUAAGUUGAUAUGCUGCAACUAUCUCCAUUUAAUCUAUCUAUCUAAAAUUAAUAAGACUCCAAGGCAAUUAA